CGGCAGCGGUGCCCGGAUGUUCCCGUCUCCCUGUACUGCUGAUAGAGAAGCUGACGGAUCCCUAAUGUCUGCUCCGUCCUGAGGGCAGAAAAAGGCUGAGUCUGAGUGACAACAGCUGCCCCCAGCAGGGCCGGUUUCGUCCGAGGACAAGUCCAUUACAUCGAUAUUGGGCCGGGUACGCAGGAGCAGCUGGCCCGUUCAUCGACUCCCCCCGCGAGAUGGCCCACCUCAAACGGAGAAGAGAUCAGGCCUGGCCGGAGGAGAGCGGGGACAGAGCGCACGGAUUGUACAGCCUCCACCGCAUGUUUGACAUUGUGGGAACGCACUUGACGCACAGAGACGUGCGGGUCCUCUCCUUUCUCUUUGUGGACGUUAUCGACGAUUACGAGCGGGGGAUGAUCCGCAGCGGCAGGGACUUUUUGCUGGCUUUGGAAAGGCAGGGCCGCUGCGACGAGACGAAUUUCCGGCAGGUGCAUCAGCUGCUCAGAAUAAUCACCCGGCACGAUCUGCUUCCGUACGUCACGCUCAAGAGGAGGAAGGCAGUGUGUCCGGACCUGGUCGACAAGUACCUUGAGGAGACUUCCAUCCACUACGUGACGCCGCGGACGAUGAGCAGCUCGGAGUCCAGCAUCGAGCACCCUCGCACCGCAGCACCGCCUCAACACCCCAUGGUGUGUUCCCCUCCCACCGGGCACCAGAUCUGCACUAAGAGGCCGGGCCGCGGAAGACCCUCGCUAAGUAGCCAAAGGAAAAGGAGGAAGUCCAUCACGCCCGAUCCCAAGGAGAAGCAGACAUGCGACAUCCGCCUACGGGUACGGGCAGAAUACUGUCAGCACGAGACAGCGCUUCAAGGAAACGUGUUCUCCAACAAGCAGGACCCUUUAGAAAGACAAUUUGAGCGUUUCAACCAGGCCAACACCAUCUUAAAAUCCAGGGACCUCGGCUCCAUAAUCUGCGACAUCAAAUUCUCGGAGCUCACGUACCUGGACGCGUUCUGGCGAGACUACAUAAACGGUUCCUUGUUAGAAGCUCUUAAAGGCGUCUUCAUUACGGACUCCCUAAAGCAAGCCGUGGGUCACGAGGCCAUCAAACUGCUGGUCAACGUGGACGAGGAAGACUACGAGGUCGGGAGGCAGAAAUUACUUCGGAACUUGAUGAUGCAGAGCGCUCUGUGACCCAAACACUUUAAGCCGCGUCCGCUAAGCCAGGUUCGGAUCUUUUGACUUAACCCCUACUUGGCGAGCGCGGCUCUCCACCUUGGGCCCCCCCCCUUAUCCCUAUUAUUUUUGAGUACUUUUUUAUAUAUAUAAUUAAAAAGUUUAAAAAAAAAAAAAACAAAAAAACCACACACACAAAUAUAUAAAUAUAUAUAAAUAUCUAUAUAUGAGGUUAGCACUCUUGUUGCCUCCAGGCCUGUGAAAGUGAGGAGUAGACUGGUCGACCAAGCUGUUAAUACGCUACGCCUUUAAGACACGUAUAGGUAUAGGUGCAGAUCCGCGCAGGUGUUCCGCGUGUCCGUACCUAUAGAUUUAUAUAAUCACAGCUUUCUCUGACUUCUCUAGAAAAGUUACAGUUCUUCAACGUGCAUUUUUUUUUUUUUUUUUUCCCUUUUCUACUUUGUGAUAUCAAAGAUUCAUGAACAUCGUGACCCCCAGAAGCUGGAUUUUGCAAAAAUUGCGGUGCUAAGUCUUUUUUUUUUUUUUUCCUCUUCAAUGGUGGACAGAACACUGUAGAAAAAAAAAAUAGAAAAAUCACGAAA